AUGUCGCCACCCGUUUCUGUCGCAUAUGUUGAUGCAAAAGCUCGCGUCGUGCGUGCAAUAAAUCGAGUUAAUACAUUUGUUCACGCUAUGAAUGAAUUCAACAAAGAUAGGUUAAGUGCCGAGAAACGGGCCAAAAUAAAAAAUAUGUUAACUGAAUUAAAUAAUAUUCGAAAAUGUGUCGAAGAAGAUGUUCAGUUAAUGGAAACUGCCGUUGGUAAUAAAUCAGCGCCGAAUGACGUCAUUGAUUGUUCGGCUAGUAACUCAUUAAUAGAUAGUUUUGACUCGCUUUAUUAUGAUCUUGCGGCGUUUGCUGAUAUUAAUCAAAUGUCUCUGUUUCAAAAAAAGGAUGUAGCUUUGUCAGAAAAUGUCACUAUGUCUCAACCAUUAGACGCUUCGAAUUCUUUUUUACAAAGUAUACAAUAUCCGAAACGUAAAUUUCCUACCUUUUCCGGUAACAUGAAAGAGUGGCAAAAUUUUGAGCAACUUUUCACUUCAAUCUUGUCGCAUACCCCGCAUAUAUCCGAUGUCGAAAAGUUUGAAAUUUUAAAGACGUCCCUCGAAGGUGAAGCGCAAACAUUAGUAUCUCAUCUUUCGUUGACCAUUGCAAAUUAUCAUAGUGCGUGGGAGAUAUUGCGGGCGAGAUACGGAAAUAAACGUGAUUUAGCUCGCAUUCAUUUUGAGCCCUUACUAGCUUCAUAUAUAGUAAAAGCUAACGAUGCAAGUUCAAUAAAAAAUUUAUUAAAUUGUAUUUUGGAACAUACAGCCGCGUUAGAUAAUCUUGACUUUGUCACAAGACAAUGGAGUCCGAUACUCAUUCAUAUCUUUGAAAAACAUCUCGACCGAGAAUUACGUGCUCGAUGGGAAACGACUGUUGGUGAAAAACAUAAUCCAAAAUUAAAUGAAUUUGUAGACUUUCUACGUCGUCAAAUUAGAACUGCUGAUAUUCAUUCGAUUCCGUAUUCAACAGCACCACUAUACAGUCAACAAAAACAAGUUGAUAAACAAAGUAAAUUUUCGAAUGCUAAAUGCCGGUCUCAAUUUUCGUCAAAAGUACUAGCUACUACAGCUGCUCAGUCACUAGGUAUUCAAUGUAUAUUGUGUAAGCAAUCUCAUUCAAUUCGAAAGUGUCCACAAUUUACUAAUAAAACCGCUCAAGAACGCUUUCAAAUAGCAAAAUCUCAUCAUCUUUGUAUUAAUUGUCUUGGUCUCGGUCAUUCUUCUGUGUCUUGUUCCUCUAAAAAUAAAUGUCAAACAUGUAAUCGGUCUCACCAUACAUUACUGCAUUUCGGGUCUUCGUCUUCUCCAACCACUGCAGCUACUUGUGAUGAACCAAGUACUUCGUCGUUAGUUGUUAGAGGUCAACCACAGCGCAUAAUAUUGUUGUCUACUAUACUUUUUGACGUGUUAGCUGCAAAUGGAACGCGAAAAACUUUUAGAGCUCUGUUAGAUAGUGGUUCGCAAGCUAGUUUUAUGACAGAACAUUGUGCCAAUUUAUUAAUGGUUAAAAAGUGUCCGUCAAAUGUUAAAAUUAAUACUUUCGCUAAUCAUACGUCGACAACUGUUCGGGGAAAAUCAAACGUUACUUUGGUACCUCGUGGUAGUCAGUCACCAUCUGUACAUGUAGAAGUUUUGAUUGUUACUCAUAUAACAGAAGCUACCCCGCACACGUCCUUAAUGCAUAAAAAUUGGCCACACUUAAAUAACUUAUCGCUGGCUGAUCCAUUAUAUAAUGUGCCUGGUUCAAUUGAUUUGUUACUUGGAGCAGACGUCUUACCUGAAAUUUUACUCGAUGGAAAAAUAUCUGGUAAACCAGGUCAACCCAUUGCGAUGGAAACUAUUUUUGGAUGGACUCUAAUAGGUCCAGUAGAACAGUGUAAUAAACCAGCAAUUACUUCAUUAAAUAUUACUGUCUCAGAUACCUUGGACACUACGUUGAAAAAGUUCUGGGAGAUAGAAGAAAUGCCUUCUACUCGCCAUUUCAGUCUUGAUGAUAAAAUGGCUGAACAAAUUUAUCAAGAGACUACAACUCGUGUCAGUAGUGGACGGUUUAUGGUCACCAUACCAUUUAGAACUCCUCGACCGAUAUUAGGAGAUUCUAAAUCGAUUGCUUUGCGUCGGUUUAAAUUUUUAGAAGCUCGAUUAAAUAAUAAUCAGACUCUUCGUGAUCAAUACAUUAAUUUUAUGAAAGAUUAUCUAACUGCUGGUCAUAUGGAACUUGUACCUUUAGCAGAAAUUGCAACUGCGCACGCGUACUAUAUUCCUCAUCAUUGCGUACUUCGACCUGAUAGUAAUACCACCAAAUUGCGCGUCGUAUUCAAUGCUUCAGCACGGACAAGUGCUGGUUUGUCUUUAAAUGAAUCUAUGUAUACAGGACCUAAACUUCAACCUGAUAUACAAGCUAUUCUAUUACGUGCACGGAUUUGGAAGUAUCUGUUCAUCACAGAUGUAAAACAGAUGUACCGACAAAUUUUAGUACAACCAACUGAUCGAGACUACUUAAGAAUAUUUUGGCGUUUUUCACAAAAUGAUCCGAUUAGUGAAUAUCGAUUGUGUACCGUCACAUAUGGGACAUCCGCAGCUCCUUUUCAAGCACUGCGUACCAUUCGUGAGUUAGCUAACGUUGAUGGCCAGUUAUAUCCACAGGCAGCUGAAAUACUGUUGAAUGACACGUUUGUGGAUGACAUAAUUACUGGAGCCAAUUCAGAAAAAAACGCUUUAGAUUACCAAACCCAACUUAUAAAAUUGUGUUCCCUUGCUCAGUUUGAACUGCGAAAAUGGGCAAGUAAUAGUAGUCAAGUUCUUCAAGCUGUUUCUGAAAAUGCAAGAGCAAUGUCACCUUCCCUGUUACUUAAUAAAAGCGAACAGUCUGAUGUAAAAGUACUUGGUUUAAGAUGGGAUCCAAAAACUGAUAAUUUUUCAUUCCUAACUCAAAGUACAUCAACAACGUUGACCAAACGAUCAAUUUUGUCAGACAUAGCACGAGUUUUUGAUCCGUUAGGACUGCUCUCUCCAGUAACCUUCCUAGCAAAACACAUAAUGCAGCUACUCUGGACAGCUGGCACUAAUUGGGAUGAUCCUGUGCCCACAGAAAUCCAAAAUGUUUGGAAACGUUACCAAACGGAACUUAAAUGCAUUGAAGAUAUUGAAAUUCCCCGAAGAAUAACACGUGAUGAAGUUCUUUCUGUUCAACUUCAUGCCUUUUGUGAUAGUUCUGAAAAAGGAUAUGCUGCAGCUGUAUAUAUUCGAAUUCACACAUCUUCUGGUAUUUCUUGUCAACUAAUUAUUGGAAAAUCAAAAGUAGCGCCACUAAAAAAGUAUACAAUUCCUCGACUGGAAUUAUGUGGAGCAUUACUUGCUGCGAAAUUACUUCGUUUCGUUGUUGAGACUAUCUCUAAUCGACUCAACGUCGAUUGUCUUUUUGCGUGGACAGAUUCUACCACUGUUUUGGCUUGGUUAAAAUCUUCGCCUCACCGUUGGCAAACUUUUGUCGCAAAUCGUACCAGCCAGAUCCAAGAUCUUACACCACCAUCUAUUUGGCAUUACGUUCCUACUCAACAAAAUCCUGUCGAUUGUGCUUCUCGCGGGCUGUACCCUGAAGAGCUUAAAAAUCAUCCAUUGUGGUGGUCAGGUCCUUUGUUUUUAAAGAACCCUCAGGAACAUUGGCCAUCAUCUCCAACAUCUGCUACUCAUGAUUCAAACAACUCUAAUUGCAACAUCGAGGAAAAAACUCAAACUGUUCUAGUUGUUAAUGUAACAACGUCGAUUAUCGAUCUCCUAAACCGAUUUUCGUCUCUUAACAAGAUUCUUCGAAUUAUUGCAUAUUGUCGUAGAUUUUUAACAGUUCGUCGUAAUCCAUUGACGCCUUUUACAAUUAGUAUUUCUGCUAAGGAAUUGUCCAAAGCUAUGUUGUCAAUAGUGUAUUAUGUUCAACGAGAAACGUAUGCAGCCGACAUCACAUGUCUGUUAAAUGGACAUCGUUGUUCUAAAAACCUUCGGUGUCUGGACCCUUUUAUUGAUGAGUAUGGUUUUGUAAGAGUCGGUGGUCGUCUACGAAAGGCAGAUGUGCCCUUCUCUCAAAAACAUCCACUUCUGUUACCCUGUCAGCAUCGGUUAACUAACUUAUUGAUAGACUCUUAUCACCAACGUCUACAACAUCCAGGAUCUAUUGCGCUACAAGCGUCUUUGCAAAAAGAGUAUUGGAUUCAGUCUGCUCGAAAAGCUAUACGAUCACGAUUGAGAUUAUGUGUUGCCUGUUUUCGAACAAAUCCUCGUUGCUUACAACCAAAAAUGGCCGACUUACCAAAAUAUCGAGUCCAACAAAUAAAACCAUUUUCAAUAAGUGGAGUCGAUUACGCUGGGCCAAUCACUCUGAAGUCAACGCGAGGGCGACGAAGUCCUGAUAUGUCUGCAUAUAUAUGUUUGUUUAUAUGUAUGGCCACAAAGGCAAUCCAUUUAGAACUAAGUUCUGAUUUAUCAACUGAAAAAUUUUUAAUGGCGUUUACGAGGUUUGUGUCGCGUCGAGGACCAAUUCAGGAGAUUCACAGUGACUGCGGCUCCAACUUUAUCGGUGCUUCUCGUCUACUAAAAAAAUGUCUCUCGCCACUACAAGCAUUGACAACCUCUGCUGAUUUCCAGAACACUGUACAUGAACAGCUUUCCAAACGUAAUAUCAGCUGGUACUUUAAUCCACCUGCUUCACCUCAUUUCGGUGGGCUUUGGGAAGCCGGUGUUAAGUCCACCAAAUCACUAAUUUAUCGGUCAAUUGGUCUUCACAAGUUAACUAGUGAAGAAUUUUCUACUCUUCUCACUCAAAUAGAAGCAACAUUGAACUCCCGACCACUUUGCGCGCUCAGUACUGAUCCGAAUGAUUUCAAUGUUCUAACGCCUAGCCAUUUCCUCACAUUCGAACCUACAACGUCGUUACCCGAACCGUCAUUAGAAAAUGUUUCGCUUUCCAAACUGCAGCGAUGGCGUUUAAUUUUGGAUAUACAAAACUAUUUUUGGUCUCGUUGGAAAAAUGAGUACUUGUCCAGCCUUCAGCUACGAAGAAAGUGGACUGACAACCAUGAUCAAAUUCAAGAAAAUGAUCUUGUGAUACUGAAAGAGUCAACUCAUCCUCUUCAUUGGAAAAUGGGUCGUGUUCGUCAGCUGCAUCCAGGCUCCGAUGGAGUAACCCGCGUUGCAACGGUAGAAACAGCCACAAGCCGCUUUCUCAGACCGCUAGUAAAGUUGUGUCCAUUACCCACAUCUUGA